AUGGGCGAAGAGGGCCAUGCCAUGACUCCUGGAGCAACAAUACCCGGGCUGGCUGGGACGGUAUCCUCUACGACAUCGCCAUCGACCUCCCCCUCGACCUCGCCGCCAGCUUCACUUCACCCGUCUAACCCACCAUCGUCGUCACGGUCGCACCUGCAUGCGCAUCGUCAGAGCCACAACUCGUCAAAGCUGCCGGCGUUUCGGUUUGCUGAUCGAGACCUCAACAAGCAACAGUCGUUGCCGCUGCCGGCCCUGCCGCAACCUUCAGAGCAGAGCCAACUGUCGUCGGCGCCCGUUUCGCCCAAUUCGGGAGUGAUUGACCUCGACGCGCCUCCAUCAGGCAUUUACCUGUCGGACAACAUGAGUAGGGGGGCCAGUACCGGCAGCAGGAGGAGCAGCAGAAGCAGCAACAGCAGCAGCAGCAGCAGUCAUAGCGCAUCUCAGCCCCCUAAUCCGAUGCACGUCAGCGGGGUCGCCAGUGCAGGCCUGCGUAACCAUCCCCCCCGGACCACGAGCAAAAGCACGCGGUCGAGCCGCCACAGUGGUAGGGACAGCCCUGACAGCGGCGGCGGCGCCCCGGCCGGCGUCCAGGACCAUAGCCAGAGUCCACGCGAAAUCGAAAACACGACUCGGAUUGGCACAAGCAACUCGAUCCCCCGCAUGACAACACACCAUGCGCCGUCCUCGCAGCAACACCAACACCAAAAUCAACAACAGCCUGCCCAAGACACCCGCCAGACUUCUACCUCGUACCCGCCACGAACGCGAUUUUCAAAACGUGAUUCAAUCCCGGAAGAUCACGAACUGUCUCCUCCGCGUACACGACCGCGCUCUCGCGCAUCGACCCUACAGACGUCCCCGCAACCGACUUUUGCGACAACGCCCGCGACCUCUUCGUCGACACGCCCCUCCUCCUUGCCUCAUUCGCCUGCCGCUGCCGCUACCGGGUCACGGGAGCACGCAUCACCUGACGUCGCAGGCGCUGCAGAGACACCUUCGGCAGGCGCAAAGACACAACACCGCCGAGCUCCCGCGUCCAACACAUCAAAUGGUCUCGACAGCCCUGCAGACCAUUCGCCCUCUCUGAACACGCAUCACCGCCUCCAAUCCAUCGACACGGCGCACUCGACGCAGCUGUCUGGCUCCGGACCCGAACACACCACAAAGGAGUGGGCUCAAGGCCAGCGCGAGUUGCUCCUGCCUAAGACGCUGCAGAGCACAACAUCAACGGAGGAAAAGAGGCAGACCGUCCGUUCGCGACCUCCUCUUUCCUUCCGAGCGCCCAGCAACACGUCUGCAUCCGUUCGUGUCGCACCUAUCCGAUCAUUCCGCUCCUCCGGUUCCCGUCGCAGUUUUGGCCUGGACAUGAACUCGCCCUCAACGCAUGCCGGGGACUCCUCCGGCGACGAUUACUCGUACACUGAUUCGAAUCAGCGCGACCGGACGUUGCGCGCCCUCGAGGGCAGACCCGACGACGAGAUGAUCCAUGACACGACCCCACCCGAUUCUGCACGACGAGAUCGUCUCGUGGAUGGUGACGACACAACCGGCGAUGUCUUCAUGAAAAUCGCCAGGGAAGAACCUCGCCGCCGCGCUGCCGACGAAACCUCGUCGGCAGAGGACCCGCGAACUGUCACUCGAGUCACUCGAUCGUCGCAUCGACGGCCCCUAUCUGUCGCUGUACCCUCGUCCUACCAGUCCACGUCGCCGCCACGUGUCACCCGGCGGCUUUCUGACCAACAGGAGACAUCCCGGUCAAGAUCGCGACUUACCGAUGAUCGCGACGCCACAGAGGCCGCGGUUCGCGACUUGCCGUACCGUGGUUUGCUGCGGGAGAAGGCUGCCUCAAGUCAUCCUGGUGAAGACGCUCGACAAGCGAGGCUUCUGAACACAGGGUACCGCAACUCUCCGACGACGCCCCGAUCAUUGGCGUUCCAGGACUCCCCGGCGGACAGCUCGUCGUACAGCAGGAGGCGCACUUCGGUCACUGAUAGCAACCCGGGCCCUGCCAGCCGCAAUGCUGCUUAUAGACAAUCUCAUCUGGCAUACGGACACCCUAGGACCUUCAACUCAUCCCCCCUGGCGUCUCGCCAGGCGGAACCGCAUCGUCAUGACACGCAUCACGAAGGUAGCCAGGGCAUCGAAGGCACGGAGUCGACGGCCUCGACAACGGCCCCGUCCACAGUUUGGGAUGAGCUGGACGAUCUGAAAUCGCGAAUUCAUCGCUUGGAGCUGACGGGAAAGCUGCCCUCAACCUCUAGUGCAGCCAUUCACAAGGUGCUGGACGAGCGCCCCGCCACUGCCACCAACACGACCGUUUCGACUUCACCAAAACACAACAACGGAAACGCAACAGUCCUCGGUGACGCCACCAGCACCACGUCUUCCCAGCGGGAGGCUCAGCCGCUGCUCUUCUCGGCCAUCAACCGGACCAAACCUCUCUUGAGCGCUGAAGUGUCCAAGGCACUCGAGACGGCUGCGACUGAGGCUGUAGCACUCGUUGUCAUGAUGGGCACAGCUGGCCAGCCGGGCCCAAUUUCAAGCGGCGCGAGCACCAUUGGCGCUGGGACAAACCUGACAGAUCGACAACUUCGACGACGCGCGGAGGGUGUGUGUCGCAGUUUGACAGAGCUUGUCUUGGCCUUGAGCGAAGAGGCAACCCAGCCUCAGAACAAAACAGUCACGAUCAAGACGAGUGGGUCACCACAAAAAGAGGGCCCAACUACUCCCACCAUCACCAAGAGCUUCCCAAGACUGGAUAUCCAGCGUCGUGGAAGCGUAACGAACAAUGACGCGCCGGCAACAACCAACGAGCCUAGCCCACGUGCCAUGUCCAAGCUGGAGGAGAGAAGAAGCACCAUGCUCAACUCCACAGCGCUUCCGAGCCCGCGAUUCGCCCUCGCGCCUGCCGUCUCGUCCACACCCACGGAAGCCUCCCACGGCGUUGCUCGCAAGUCUUCCCUCUUUAUCGGUCGAACUCGGCGCGCUGCGACCGAAGAGCCUGAAGAAGGCCGCCGGUCAUCUAUGCUACUCAGGACUCGACGGGCAGGAACAGAGGAGCCGGAGGAGGGCCGAAAGACCUCACUACUCCGCGAGCGCAGAGGCACCAACGAACACGACGAGGAUGAGCCUCGCUUCAGGGCUCCGUCCCGAGCUCAAACCGAAGUAGCACAAAACCGCGCUGCCUCUCACCACUUUCAGACACAACCUCUUACACUUGACCCAUCGUCGAACAGUUCUGCCCUUCCACGCCGACGGAUUGGAUCGUCGGCGCUCAACCCUUCUCGACUCGCGUCCCCCUCCACGCCCUCAGCAUUGGGUGGACGCCGAUACUUCGAGCGUUCGACACCUGAUCGCGAUGGCAACAGCGUCGCAGACAAGUUGGCGGAAGAACGAGGACAACGACACCUGUCCCUCGGCCAAAACUCCUUACUCAACCGCACAGCCAGCUUUCUACGGAGGCCCAACCGCGAGAGCAUGGCAAAUGCCUCUACCCCGGCACAAACAGGUGCUUACAGAUGA